AUGAGACGAACUACUGGCAUGUAUUGGGGCAUUAGACCAGACAUGUUGAAGAUCUGGUAUCGUACGAUAACAGCGAGGGUGAUUUUGUACGGGUCUUCAGCAUGGGGUAUUCAUCUCAAUGGAAACCUGAGAAGGAAACUCAAUUCUAUUCAGCGUCUCCAACUCCUCAUGAUUACUAAAGCUUAUAGGACCACUUCGACAGAUUCAUUGCAGGUGCUCGCUGGGUUACCACCAUUGGAUCUUGUCGUGGAGAGGGAGGCUGGACAAGCACGGAUCCUACGCAUAAAGGAAGAUUUUAUCUUGUGGGGUACCAAUUACCACGCUCGUGAUUACGAGGAUCAUUCCCCUCGUUCUCUAGGACAUCCGGCGGACAUAAAUUAUGAUGACAAAGUCACCAUAAAGCCCUUAAUUCCGGCUAGGCACGAAAUUUGUCUUUAUACGGAUGGUUCCAAAACGGAGCUUGGCACAGGUAGCGGCUUCUGCGUCAUGCGAGGCAAUACUAUCUGCUACACUUGGUCACAGAGGCUGUCAGAUUACAAUAGUGUAUUUCAGGCGGAACUUGUAGCAAUAAAGGCAGCAUUAGAUUAUAUUAAGCAAAAUCUAACAGGACCAGUCAGAAUACUGAGUGAUUCAGCAUCGAGCCUACUGGCCAUUAAAGAACUCAACAGCAAAGCGGAUUCUGUCCACAUUAUUAGGGAUGCUCUACUUCAGAUUCCCGAGUCCCAACGACCGUACUUGAGCUGGGUUCCAGCGCAUGUAGGCAUUGCUGGAAACGAAGAGGCCGAUAGGCUUGCUAAGCUAGCAGCUAACGACUUGAAUAUGCCUCCUUUACAGUCACAGUUAUUAGCAAAUGGUAUGCAUCCGAAAUGGGAACUGUGA